AUGCCCGCAGUCGACUGCGCCCCCACGCCCAACGCCACGUGCUCUCGCGGCUGCCUCGUGUGGGCGGGCACCGCUCGCACGCUCGCGGACGCGCCCCAGGUCUUCCGGCGCGCGCGCGACACGGGCGCCAUCCUCGGCCGGGAUGGUUCGCAGCGCACGCUGACCCUCGCAGCGAGCCAGAGCUCGCGUGGGCUGCUGAGCGUGACGGCGCAGGCCGACGGCUCGGCUCGGAUCAAGCAGGCGUCGUGGCGGCCGCUGCUGCGGGCUCCGUCGGGAAAGCCGUCCUUUUCAUUUGCGGUGCCUCGUGGCGCGAGCCUCUUCCCAGCCCGCGACCCGCUGGCGGUCGGGCGGCGGUUCGCGACGUGCGCCGUCGUCGGCAGCUCCGGCGCAGUGCUCUCUCCUCGCCCGCCCUGUGGCCGCGCGAUCGAUCAGCACGAGGCUGUCUUCCGGAUCAACACUGCGCCGGUGCGCGGGUUUGAGGAGUACGUCGGGUCGCGCGAGACCUUUCGCGUCCUCAACGGGCCGUACGAGCAGUACGUUGCAGGGCUGCCUGCAGCCUACCCCAGGGGGUGGGGCACCCCCCCACCCGACGGCUCGCCGGUGCGUGUCCUCGCCGACGUGACGAGCGCGGAGAAUGCGCGCCAGUGGGCGGCCCUCGCAGAGGCGUGGCGGCGCGCGGCGGGCCCGAGGCGAGCGAGGGCGCAGCUGCUGCUCAAGGACCACGCGGUGCUGCACUACUACCUCGCCCUGCUCGGCCACCCGCGCCACCGCCCAGAUUACCCCUCCACCGGCUUGCUCGCCAUCCUCGUCGCGUCGCUGCGCUGCGACUCUGUCUCGCUCUUCGGCUUCACUUUCCACUCGGGUCGCAACCGGGCGCAGUAUGCGGCCGGCUCGUGCGAGCACGUCUACCACUACUACGAGCGCCUCGGGUGGAGGAACCAGCUCAAGUCGCACAAUCUCACCGCCGAGGCGGACGCCGUGCGUGCGCUCGAGGCGGCCGGCGUGGGCCAGGCUGACGUAGACACGUAG